AUGUGGCAGCCUCAAGCUGGGGUGACUGUCAAUAGCGAGCAACGAAUCUCAGCUGACUGCGUCAUCGGCGCAGACGGCGUGCACAGCAAGACACGGGAUUAUAUCGCCCCCAAGCCCUCUGGACUAGCUGCAUUCCUGGCAUGCUUUGGUACCAACUUGCUCGCAGGGGACCCGGAGGCUCAAUGGAUCCUGGAGGAGGCAGGAGUGCAGGAUCGGAUGCGAAGAUUCAACCAUGUCAUCAGUGCAAAGAAGCCAUAG